AUGUUUCAUUUGCAGUGUGGUGAAAAGGAAGUAUUUCCGUAUCAAUAUUAUUCAAGCUCUUUAUUAGUUAAUGAUAACAAAACUGGCGUAAUUUCUGAAGCGUGUAAGUUUGUAAAAGAUAUUGAAACGUUCAUGAAAAACAUAGAUUUAAUCGAAAACUGCAGAAUAGAUGAAAACCAUUUCGAUUUAGAAAAAUAUAGCUCAUUUUAUUGCAAACAGGACGUAAGGAUUUUAAGAGAAGGUUUUGUUAAGUUCAGAAAUGAUAUAUUGAAAGAGUUUGAUUUAAACGUUUAUGAUUACGUUAGCAUUUGUUCAAUCGCUAACAAACUUUUCGAAAACAGAGUAUAUUUCCCGAAUGGAAAUUUAUAUGACCUUUCAAAUAAACCAAGAGAAUUUAUUUCACGCUGUAUUCAAGGUGGAAGAUGUAUGCUGUCAGAUAACAUGAAACAAAAGAGCGAAAAGAAACUCAUUGCUGACUUCGAUGCUGUUUCAUUAUAUCCAUCCGCUAUCGCGAGACUUUAUACUUUAGAAGGAAUUCCAAAGGUUAUGAAGAAAGAAAUGUUAAACAGUGAAUAUUUGUUAAAACAUUUAUUCGAUGAUGACCAGGGCGAGCCUGAAGGUGAGAAAUUCAUUUCCGGAUUCUUUGUUUUAAUAAAAAUAACCGAGAUUAAGAUUAAAAGGCACUUUCCAUUAAUAACAGUAGAUCCAGAAUUAAACCCGGAGCUAAAGGUUCCAAGAAGUUCUAACACAUGCUGUUUAAUGUAUGUGGACCACAUAGCUUUGCAGGAUUUAAUAAAAUAUCAGGGCAUCAGCUGCGAAGUAUUACAGGGUUACUACUACGAUGAAAAAAGAGAUUUUAGAAUAAGAGAUGAAGUAAAGAAAUUGUUUGAAUUGA